AUGAUUUCAAAAUUAAAAGAUCUUGUAAUGACUCAAGAAGAAGAAGAAGAAUAUACAAAUGAUAAUUUAAUCAAAAUCCUUCAAACUAUAUUUAAUACUCAAUCACAAUUUAAAAAACAAAUUGAAUUUCAAAAUAAUUUAAUUGAAUCACAAUGGGAAUUCAUUCAACAAAUUAAUGAUAAUUUAAAUAUACAAUUUAGAGUAUUAAAUGAUGAUAAUAAAAUUGAAUUUGAAAAAUUGAGUCAAAAGAUGAAUAAAUUGAAUUUAUUAUUACAAAAUGGAGAUUUGAUAACUCCAACUCAGACUAAAUCAGUUGAAACAAUAAAUAUGGCUGAGAAAGAAGAAGUUGAAGGGUUCGAUUUUGUUUCAAAUAGUUCAAAAAUUAGCAUUAAUUCAAAUAAGGAUAAGAAUAAGGAUAAGAAUAAGAAUAAGAAUAAGAAUAAGAAUAAGAAUGGUUCAGUAAAUACAAGUAAUUCAAGAGUUUUAUUUGAUGCAAAUGAUAGUAAUGAUUCAUCUAGAUGUUCAAAAAAUAGUUCCAAUAUUGGUUUAAGAUCACAAGAUUCAAUUAAUGAAUUAGCAACUGAUUUGAAGUGUUCAAAUUUGAAUAAUGAAGAAGAGAAAAUAAAGAAUAAUGUUGAUAUUGAUGGUAUAAAAUCUCAAAAUUCAAAUACUAAAUCACAUAAAUCAUCAUCUACUAUUACCAGUGCAAAAUCAACAUCAAAAAAUGAUCAAUCAAUAAGAAAAUAG